GUUCCUCGCACCUUCGAGCUCAUGACCACAGGUCUGCCGCUGCGUGACCUCGAGUGCUCCGGCGACGUGAACUGCUCCAUCGACCCUGUGUGCGCCGCCGUCGACGCCAUCCAGGGCCACCUCAGAGCUUUCGCCACAUCCAGGUAUGUAAAAACAUAUCUCUAGAUCUAUAUUGACCUUGCGGUAGUUCAUCGGAGUUCUUCACUGUUUAUCAGUCCUUCAAUGCUACUUUUGUUUAGAUCUAGCUUUUAAUGAUUUCCUUAUUGAAAUAGAGCGGUGCUAGUCUCAACUCCAUUUUUGCGUCUAGGAGUCUCAUAUCCCCUUCAGAAUCUAUAAAUAGGACGACCAUAGCUUUGAGGCCGUCACCUUAGGUUUAGCAAUUCCUUUGCCUUUUAGACCAUUUUGUAGAUCCGUAAUCGUAGAUGUCUUGAGUGGAAACUUGUUUUUUCAACACUUAGUCGAAAAUCAGAAUUCUGUAGUAUAGAAUAAGGCGCCUUCAUAUCUUGCCGUCUCAUGAUUGUGUUUUGUGACUCGCCUGACUUUAAAGUCGUCUUUUCAUCGCACUUAGCUCAGCAUGACUCACCUAUAGCAGAAGUUAUUCCUCUCUUAGGCAGAUUUAUAAUUUUGGGCGGUUCAUUUGGAUGUAGACCCGCCCUUUGUUCAUAGCUAUUUAUUGGGUCUCCUUUUGUCGUAUGCACCAUUGGCGACUUGUUAUCCUUAAACAACUCGCGGCUUAAACACGUCCGCAAUUGUUUAACACUUCGGCGACUCAUUGUCGAAAACUAUGACUUGUUCAUAACUAUUUAUUGGGUCGCCUUUUGUCGUAUGCACCAUUGGCGACUUGUUAUCCUUAAACAACUCGCCGCUUAAACACGUCCGCAGUUGUUUAACACUUCGGCGACUCAUUGUUGAAAACUAUGACUUGCAACUGGGCAAGGUCUAAAGUCAACAAACUUGUACUUGAUAACCUUGUGACUCAAGGUCUAUUGCCAUUUCAAAAUUUCAUUGACUGGCAUAUACCAGAAGGAGAAAACUCACCCAGCCGGGUCAAGGAGAUGUCGUUGUCUUUGUGGAUCAUGUCUGGAGGGGUUUUACGCCACCCGGCUGAAAAUUCCUUAAGGUUUUCCUUCACUUCUUCGACCUCCAUCCUCAAGAAAAUGGUCCCCAUUCAAUGACCUAUUUGUGCCAGUUUCAAGUAUUUUGCAAGGUCUAUCUCCAGACAGAGCCAACUGUUGCUCUUUUCAGAGAGUUCUUCUAUAUUAAUCACCAAAUAGAAUGUGCGGGCGGCCCUAGUGUCGAACUUGGUGGCGUAUCGCUAAAGAGGCAGAGGAAUUGCUCCUUUCCAUAGGUGAAAUUGGAAAGUAAUCCAAAAGGAUGGACCUCAACAUGGUUCUACUACAAGAACACCGCCCGUGCCGUUGAGAACCACCUACGGGGUUACAGACCAGAUCGUCUCAAUGCAACCCAUGUUUAUUCGGAUUGGGGCACUGAUGAGCAAUGCCAAGCCAUUGCCCCUCUCCAGAACAAGAUAGGAGCUUUGAAAGAAAAUGGUCUUACCGGAAUUAGAGGAUAACACCGAAACAAGCUGGGCUAGUGAAGCUGAGAAAGCACAACGUGAAGGUGAAUCAAGACGCCAAACCCGGAGCAGCUCUGGAGAGCUCGUUGCUGGCUUAUCAAACAUACCAUCCGCCCGCAAGCGACGUACAGAGGAGUCGCCACCAUCCUCUACAGAUUCAAUUGGUACUCAGCUGCCUCCAUUUACCAUCAACCAAGGUGUCCAAGCCAAGAACAGAAAAAUCGUUGAGUCAUCUGCCACCCCAACUGUCAAUGAGAGCCAAGAUCUUCAGCAAGGUAACCCAGAAAUUCCAGUUACUAAAACAAACUUGGACGACCCGCAGCUGGCCAAGGAGCCAAUUUUAACUGAUAAGCCACCAAUGGCUGAAGAAGACCUUAUUUAUGAUCAAGCCCAGCCAGACGAGCCGGUUGACCAUCUUCAGCCGCCAAGCCUGACUCAUACUCCAAGCCCUCAUCAAGAGCCUGAAAAUGCUAACCAGAUGAUAGUUGAUGCUGAAGUGGUUAUUACUGGAACAGGUCACGGUGCUGCCAAUACCUCAACUAGCUGGACCAAGAUCCCAGCCAAGGAUGAGCCGGUUUGUGAAGACAAGGGUAAAGCAAAAUUGGAGCUUCCUGGCUUUGAUAAUAUGACCAGUGAAGAGCUUCAGCAUGAGUUCUUGACUCGGCUGUCUGAAAGCCGUGAUAUAGAAGCCAACAUAGUCAAUAUGUUGAAGAAGAAACAUGAGAUCAAAGCAGAGUCGAGCAUGCAAUCCACUGUUGAAGAGUUAGAGAAAGUGAAGGCGGCUUUUGAUAAGGAAAGAGCCGCCUUUGAAACCCAAAAAUCGGUGCUGAAGGACAAUUGAAGCCAGUGACUGGAGAAAUUGAUGGAUUAAAGCACCAUAUUGCACAAAAGACUCCAGCCAUAUUUGGUAUCAGAAGUCACAACCUCCGUUAGAAUAACUUGUUGAAACUGAAGGCCAUUUAUCCUUUCUUGGAAAAACUAUAUGUUGCAAGUUUUUCUACCAUCAUGGCUGUGACGGGUGGAAAAUACCAGCAAUGAUUCAUAAGAGAUGUAUUGAAGAUGCUAUCAACUGUUCCAAAGAAAAUCGAAGAACUGAAGAGAUCAACCGCCUGAGCAGGAGCAGUGGAGUCGCUAAGCCGUGCCAAAGAGUACGUGUCAGAUAUGGAACUUUUAGAGAUAGCUGUCGGGUUUCCUCAAUACAAAGAUGAUGGAAAUGAGUUUUCAGUGGCGGAUUACGCUCAUUGUAUGAAGGAGACUGUCAGGGUACACAAACAUGGGUGUAUGUUUUCCCCUGACUUGUGCAUGGACAGCAAACCUCCGGUCCGGCAACACUCAGCAUCCAAGACCAGGCCAAGCAUAAGAGAUCAGCUCUUUGAGAAAUCAAAGGGCGGAUCAAGAAGAACAAGAGCAAGCUAAAGGAGCUAGGCACCCCUAAGGAAAAACCUCCCUUGUCGGGGAGGUGAGCCUGGCGAGGUCGAGGUUGCCCCGAAGACAAGUCUCAAGACUGUCCCGGCAGGCCUGCUGGGCAUGAUGAUGGCGGAUUACCCCGCCAAGUCUCCACCGAUCCACCUCAUAGCAACGCAAGUCACCAAUCUGUGCGGUGUUGAGCACCCAAGUGACUAAGUGGUUGUUAUUUGGCACGUGGCAGCCACUUCCAAAGGAAAUCACCACCAAAUGACACCCGUCCAGGGAUGCAUCAUGUAGACAGGCGAGAAGGUGGCAGAACGGCCCGUCAAGACUUGCCGGGCUACACUAUGAUGUGACCCUAAGUGGUGCAUUUAAUGCGCCUUGUCCUGUCUGCAGAGUUAUGUAUGAUUGCACUGUUUGCUAUCUAAUCAUUACGCAAUGACUGAUUUGCCUUUGUGAUGACCCCUUGAUCUAUAAAAGGAGGGUCGUGGCAACCUUAGAAAGGAUACGGACCCUGGUACACUCAUACGCGCGCAGCUGCUCUCCCCCCGAGGCAACCUUACUGGCCUAGAGUGCUGCAUCUCCACUAUGGUCCUCUCAUCAAUCCACCAAAGCAAGAGUAGGGUUUUACGCCUCGCGGCGGCCCGAACCUAGGUAAAAACUGCCCGUGUGAUCGCUGACGCGCUGCUAUGCACCCACCGCUCUUUGUGCAAUGUGCUCUUCUCCCCUGCCAAACCACAAGGGGCUGAUGGCCCCAUAGGUGGCCACGUUUUCCCACAACUUCUUUGGCGUGCCAGGUAGGGGGAAGCGCUUGCGCGAACCCGAGAGUGUACGCAGCAUGUCAUCUUCAUCAUCGUUUUCUUCAUC